CCAAUCGGCGCGCUGCUUCUUGAAUGGUGGUUGUCGCGCCCGGAAGCGGCUGCUCGGUGGGAGUUGAAGGUGCCGCUCGAGCCGCUGAGGCAGGCAGCGGGAAGGAUGACCUUUGACUGACCAUCUCUGCAACGGAAGCUCUGCUUUUCCCCCAUCUGUAACCCAUGUGCAUUCUUUUCUUUAAGUUUGACCCACGUCCUGUCUCCAAAAAUGCCUACAGGCUGAUCCUAGCAGCUAACAGAGAUGAAUAUUACAACAGGCCAUCCAAAUCCGCUGAUUUUUGGGACAAUAGCAGCGAGAUUCUCAGUGGCUUGGAUAUGGAAGAAGGGAAAGAAGGUGGAUCCUGGCUUGGAAUCAGCAAGAAAGGCAAGAUGGCCGCCUUGACCAAUUACAUGCAGCCUCAGAUCAACAAGCAGGCAAAAGGAAGAGGCGCCCUGGUGACCAAUUUCUUGACGUCAGAAAUGGACAGUUACUCUUACUUGAAGAAAGUGGCCUCGGAAGGACACCUUUACAAUGGCUUUAAUUUGAUAGCAGCCGACUUAAGCACCAAUAACGGAGAUGUAAUUUGCUAUUACGGAAACAAAGGAGACCCAGAACCUCUCUUCCUAAAUCCCGGGGUAUACGGCUUGAGCAAUUCUUUGCUGGAUACGCCCUGGAAGAAACUUCAGUACGGAAAACAGCUUUUCUCAGAUGUCAUCAAGCACAGCCAGAAUCUCAAGAAAGAAGACCUGGUCCAGGAACUGAUUAAACUGAUGAAUAACCAGGACCCUCAGCUUCCGGAUCCUGCAAUGGAGGACCAGGGAAAGGAUUACGUCCUUCCAUUCCUAAACAAGUACGCAGCUCUGUGCGUCCGAUGUCCAGAUUAUGGAACCAGAGCGAACACGGUCAUCCUCGUCGACGGGGAAGGACAGGUCACCUUCACCGAAAGGACGAUGCUGAAUGCCGAUAUCACCCAAUGGAAAACCAGCAGUUACCAGUUUCAGCUGCAGAUAUAAUCACUUUCCUACGGAAAUGAAAAUGAAUCUUGCCCGUCUGUCAGGCAAGAACCCAGUCAGCAUUUCAAGAUUCAAGAUCCUUCUUUGCCUAGAUCCCUGUACCAUUCGUGGAAGAAAAAGAAGAAAGGGGGAGAAAAAAAAAACCCACACUUUUUUGGGUGUGCACAAAAUCCAGAACAGAAGCAUUCGAAUAGAAAAAGGAGACUCUUAUCUUAAAAACAAGAUCUUUUUUUUUUUUUUUUUUUUUUUUGCACAAAGGGAUCUGUGCUGGUUUUGGAGAGGGAGGGGGGCCAAAAUCACAUACCUCCUUGAGCGGAAACCACUAUUUCCACCCCCACACACAUACACACAAUUAUUUAACUCGCUUAUUGAAAAUCACAGAGCACUUUGGAGAAUCAUGCAUGGUUAACACUUCUAUUUUUCCGCCUUUCCUUGAGCUGGAAGGCGAAGCGAUGAAAUGACAAGAGUGAGGAAAAAAAGUCACAAUUCAGUACUGGCGAUGCCGUGCUAUCUUUUAAUACAGCGUUAGCUAUUUGGAAGCAUUUUGUGAUUGUAUAGAACCGUGAUGGGGAACCUAUGGCACAUGUGCCACAAGUGGCACCCGGAGCCAUAUCGGUGGGCACGCAAGCGUUGCCCUACCUCAGCUCCGGCACGCCAACUGAUUUUUGGGCCUUCCGAGCCCACUAGAAGUUGGGAAACAGGCUACUUCCGGCCUCUGGAGGGCCUCAGGGGUGUGGUGGGGAAGGCCUCUUUUUCGCUCUCCCCAGGCUCCUGAAGCUUUCUAGGAGCCUGGGGAGGAUGAAAACGGCCUUCCCCACCCCCCCUGGAGGCCGGAAAGGGCCCGUUUCCCAACUUCCGGUCCCACCCCCCAAGAAAGACUCUGGAGCCUGGGGAGGGCAAAAAAACGGGCCUACCAGGCCCACCGUGCCAUCAUGUGUCAGAAGUGGAGGGAAUGCGGGGGAGUCUCAUGUGCGGGGGGCGGGGCACAUUGAAUUAUGGGUGUGGGCACAUGUGUGGGCGACACCCCCACCCCCAUGCUCCCCCCCUCCGGCUUUUGGCACAUGAUGGCAAAAAGGUUAGCUAUCACCGGUAUAGAAUGUGGGGUGGUUGGUUUUCUUUUUACAGAGGUGCCUGUAAAAAUAGGGAGAAUUCUGCGCGCUCGCCGUUAUUGGGCUGAUGGAAAAUCCUUAAAAUCAGAUCAUUGCUUCUGCCUUUCUUUUCCUGGCCGUAUAACGAAACCUGGUUUGAAGCCCAGUUUCGUGACAUGGGCCUUGUUUUGUUACAUGGCCUCGAUUUAUUGAUCAAGAAUCUCAUUUAUUCCAAAUUUCCUUGGGGUUUCUUUUAAAAAUUACUUUAACGACCGAUGCGAUGUUCUUUCUGGAAUCUGAAGCGGGGGAAAAAGAGGGUGGGAAACAUAUAAAAGGGGUACGGCUGGAGAACUCUGAUUUAGCGAAACGCUUCCCUUUGCUGUCUUCUGGAGUGUGGAAUUUGGUGUGUGUUUUGGUGUUACAACAUUUGUGGGAAGUGACAGCAGUGUCAUUCUUGCGCCUCGUGGGAGGCUGAUUAGUCAUGCUUGUCUAAGACUGAAUUCUUCUUCGUGUGAUAUUAUGCUCCCAAAGCAUUAUUUUUCUUUUAAUGUCUUUUUUUUUACGUCCACCAAGCAGGGAAUAAAUUCUGUUAAAGUCAA